CUAAGACGAUGCGAAACUGCAUAUCCUACACGCUCUUCGUGGGACUCCUUCAAUGGGUCCUCACCACAAACGGCCUGGUAUUGGGGUUCGCCAGCCCCGACUCUGACAAGCUCGAUUAUCGAUGUGCACUCCCGAGUGAUGUUAUCCCCAGACCUGAACGGUUGACCGAUGACUCCGCUGAUUUCGUUGCAGUAGAUCCAAAGGACAAGCCGGGCGAGCCUGUGGUCGCUAAUGUCGAGUAUGCUACUAUAACCAAACCUGGUUACGGAAAGUGGGUGUAUAUUGACGGUGUAGAAGUGAGGAAAGACUGGCACAGGAAGGGAGUGGCGACAAAAUUGUUGACAAAACUAUUCGCAUAUAUCAAAACGGGAUGGCCUGAAAUCACCGGGGUGUUUCUACUAGUGGACCCCUCGAAUGCUGGUGCCAAGAUUCUCUAUGAGAAAAUGGGUUUUCUUCCCCACGGGACAUCGGCGCAUGAUGAAGGCAAAUACAUCGUAUACGACGGAUAUGUUUACAACUUUGAUUCUCCUGCUGCUGCCAAGUUACCACACAUUAAUCCUCCGAAAAAUAUGCCGAUGCCUUCUACACCUGAUCCCUUCGUUGUGAAAACUUUUAACGAUAUUUUCGGCCACAAGACUGAAUGAGCUCUGUAGAGUAAAGGAUGGUCGAUUACAGCAGACUACGCCAGCUCCAUUGUGGUGUGAUGAUGAUUUCUCGAGGCUUGACAACUCUGCUAUAGUUGUCGCUUAUUUAGACGAGGAUUCGUGAUUGAUCCUGUCUACUUUUCUCUUUCGUAUACUCAUUAUCAGACUUAUUGAGAAAUAGUCAAGAACUUAUGAGAUUACAAGAUAUGUCUGUGACGCGUCCGAUGUUCGGUUCUGAUCUGUGACGUUAAUCGGGAAGUCCGUAUUUUUGCAGCUCGUUACAUUUCGAGUAUCUUACGUACUUCAGGGGUUCUUAUUUGGAUCUUAAUCUUCGGUCUAUUCCGUCACUAUUACUCCGAUAUGGAUACGAGUCCUAGU